ACGUCACGACCGGGAAUGGGAUUCCCAAAUCCCUCCCGCGUCUCGCUCGCCUCCGCCAUUGACUCGACGCCGCCAACCAGAAUCCAACCCGGAGCAGAGCGCCCCAAACAAAAACCCAACUCAUUUUCAGCUUGCGGAACGGGCGGCAGAGUCCCAGUCCUCUCGCUUUCUCACCGCGAUUCGCCUCUCGCUUCCAUUUCCGAUUCGAUUCGGGAGCCAGAGGAGAGGCAAGGUAAUCGCCCCGCUCUCGUGCUUCCUGCCUCUUCGGUCGGCUCCAGCUCGCAGUUCAUUCCCGCUCUGCCCGCUGAUUCGCCGGAUCGGGCCGUGGUAGUGAUGCCGCUGGCUGAGCCGCCCCAGUGGCGCCGCAAGGCCACAGAUUUCUUCUCCACAUCCAGUGUCAAGCUGAAGCAGGCAGGGCAAUCGGCUGGGGAUAAUAUAGCUGAUGUUGCUGGGAAGGUUGGGUCCGUGGUGAAGAGUCGGUGGGCUGUCUUCCAGGAGGCUAGGCAGCAGCAGCAACAUCCACCACACGAGACAGUGCAAGAGCGUAUCAUCACUGCUGCUGCCUCCACUGGUUUGCUUUUCAGGAAAGGCAUUUCAGAGACAAAGGAGAAGGUUGCAGUGGGAAAGGUCAAAGUUGAAGAGGCUGCUAAAAAAACUGCAGAUAAAAGCAAGAGUAUCUUGAACAAUAUUGAACGCUGGCAGAAGGGAGUCGCAAGCACUGAUGUGUUUGGUGUUCCUAUUGAAGCCACUGUACAACGAGAGCAAUCUGGUAAAGCUGUGCCCUUGGUGCUAGUGAGAUGUGCUGACUACCUGGUUAUAUCAGGUUUGAAUAAUGAGUACUUAUUCAAAUCAGAAGGCGACAAAAAAGUUCUUCAGCAGUUAGUUUCUCUUUACAAUGAAGACUCUGGUGCAUCUUUACCUGAAGGUGUAAAUCCUAUUGAUGUAGGUGCACUGGUGAAGUGCUACCUUGCCAGUAUCCCUGAGCCGCUUACUACAUUUUCGCUUUAUGAUGAACUUCGAGCUGCGAGGGUUAGCAUUCCUGAUCUUAGGAACAUAUUGAAGAAGCUUCCAAAUGUGAACUACAUGACGCUAGAGUUUGUUACAGCGUUGCUGCUUCGAGUCAGCCGUAAAUCUUCACUUAACAAGAUGGACUCCCGCUGCCUUGCUGUGGAAUUUGCGCCUUUGAUCAUGUGGCGGCAAGGUGACGCUGGCACAGAUUUGCGUAACCAUCUCAAGUUUACCCUGAAACCGCCUCCAAAAAUUGUAGAUACAACAUCAAAUACUGCCACAUGGGACCUGUUAGACGAGGAUGACGAGGAUGCUUCAUCCCAGAUCCCCUUGGACGAUGCUUCACCGCCAGACUACAGCUCCAUUGAGGUCAUCCAGUGUCUCAUCGAGCAUCACAAUGCCAUCUUCACUGAUGCAAAUGAAACCGUGUGGAGAUGAUCAGCAUCUCUUCUAGAUCUCUCUGGUGUUAGCUCGUGCUAUGUACAAGUUCCAGGUAGGAAGGUGGAUUACCGCUCGCUAUUGUUAGGGAUAAGCAUUUUGGCCGGAACAUUUUUGGAGUAGGUGUGUAUAUACGCUAGUGUUAAUUCUCCACGGGACUAGAAUCUGGUCAUGUCAUAUCAAUAAAAGUAUACUUGGAUGGAUGUAAACCAGAUGUGCUGUUUUGAUCAUUUGCUGAAUUAGCUUCGCUACUGUUAAUUGGGAAUUAUUUUCCUGUGCAUUCGCUGUUAGCUGGUGUAACAUACUUCAAAACAAAUCAUUCUAGAUAUUGCCUUACAAGAUUUCAAUUUUUUU